AUGGCAAGUGCAGAAGCUUCUCUUGCAAAUGAUUGCAAUAUUGCAUACCUUCGAAAUCCGGACGAAUCGCAGUCGCCAAUCUGUGUGUACGAUUCAAAAGAGGACACGGUAAUCUCUCAUUCAAUCCUUACGGAUGGAUUCUGGGAGAAGGCCAAUGUGCAGCGCGUGUGGAUGCUGAUGGAGGAUAACGCUUCGAUGGAGUUUUUAGACCUUGGUUGUAACAUAGGUGUGUUUACGAUUCCAAUAGCUAAACUAGGAAGACGAGUAACCUCCGUAGAUGCGAACAAAGUCAAUCUACAGAUGCUAUCAACGUCAUUGCGAUAUGGUAGACUAGGAGAUAAUGUUACGCUGAUCUGGAACGGAAUCUCGAAUGAAACGUCGUAUGUUAACCUGAAGCAAGUAGAUGACAAUGUUGGAGGGACAAGAAUCAUAAAGUCAUCCAAAGGCGAACCAAAAGAUACAGAAAACAGUAUUAUAACCAUUAAGCUAGAUGAAAUUGUGAACAUGUUUGGUGAUAAUCCUGUAUUCAUGAAAAUUGACAUCGAAGGAUAUGAAGGUUUGGCCCUGAAGGGAGCCUUUUCUUUCUUCAAAGAGGUCGACGUCCGCUAUAUUUUGAUGGAAUGGAUGCACCAUACAAAUGAAUCAGGAAAAUACAUUUUAUAUUAUCUUUAUGAGCGGUCGUUCAGGCCGCACAAAGUAUUUGAUAUGACAGAGCUACAAAUAAAAGACGCAUUCACAAAUUGGCCAGGCGACAUUCUGUGGGUGAAACUGUAA